CCGUCAGAUGCAUUUAGGAAAGAGAAAAAAAGGGAGUAUCCCCCCCUUACCUUUCUAUACCCGCCUGUGUUCACCUCUUUCGUCUGUUCUUGCUGCCCUGCGCGUUCUUUUUUUUUUUUUUUUUUGGAGGAACGCCCUGCGCCUUUUCGUUGUGCAUAGCAUCGAUAGAGGGUCUUAGUGUGGGUCUCCGCUAUCAGGUGGAUUGUGCUGAUGAAGAAGAUUGACCUAAUAAUUGAGUGUUGUGGAGGCAUUUGGUGAUGAGUGCAUAUGCAGAAUGAAAGCCACGUGGCCUUGGCUUGGUUGAAGGAGGGUGGGGUGGGGUGGGGUGGGGUGGGGUAGGGUGGGGUGUUGAUUGAAAAAGAAGGGUAGCUGAGGGAGGGAAGGGGAGAUGGCGGGGGCUGCAAAUGGGUCGGAGGAACAGCUGCUGCUGCUCGGCUUAGCAGCGAGUGCUGAGGACGGAGGGAGGAGCACUCAGGAGAAGUGGUUGCCCUCCAUGCCUGCCAUGCCUGCCAUGGCUGCCUUCCUCGGGGAAGAAGACCACAUGGGGGGUCAUCUUGGCCAAGGUAGGUCUGGGGGGGAGACAGGGUCCCGGUCACCGAACCCACCAUGGUUGUCCGCAUUUUUCAAUGAUAAUGUGGUAUCUGAUGACAUCGCGGAGGCGCAGUCAUGUGGGCAGUUUUUCUGGGUUAGCAACGCCCCUCUAGCGGAGGAGGCAGAGUGCAGUGGCGUUGGCGGAGGCGGGGGGGGAGAAAGCGGGGGAGAAGGCGGGGCAGAAGGCGGGGCAGAAGGCGGGGGAGAAGGUGGGGGAGAAGGGGGGAACAAGCGGGAGAAUGAAGGGCAAGAGAGCAAGAGAGAUGUGACUGUCACGGGGCGGAAGAGGGAGCGGGAGGAAUUGGGAAGCACAGCCACAGCCACACCCACAGCCACAGCCAGCUGCAGCAAAGCUAAUAGAGAGAAGAUGCGUCGUGACCGGCUGAAUGAGAGGUUCAAUGAGCUGAGUGCAAUCUUGGAACCCGGUCGACUACCCAAGACGGACAAGGCUAGCAUUCUCGUUGAUGCCAUUCGGGUAGUUUCACAGCUGAGGCAUGAGGCUAUACAUCUUAAGGAAGAGAAUCAGCAGCUCUGUGAAAGCAUCAAGGAAUUGAAAGCGGAGAAGAAUGAGCUGAGAGGAGAGAAGGCCAGACUCAAGAUGGAGAAGGAGAGACUAGAGGCACAAACGAAAUCCAUGGUUCCUGCUUCUUACCUAAACCAUCAAGCAACAAGUACACCUUCUCUGGCCAUCCCUCAUUCUCAGAAAGUUAUGACUCCUGCUGCUGCUCCUUUCACACCAGGCUUCAUGUGGCAGUGGCUUCCUCCUUCGUCUCUGGACACAUCUCAAGAUGGUGUGUUGAGGCCUCCAGUUGCUUGAUGAUUGAUUCACUUUUUUUUCUAAGUUACCUACCCUCUUUUCCCGUUUUCACUCGCCUGUCCUCCCUCCCUCCCUCCCUCCCUCCCUUUCCUGACCCUAUUAUGUAUAGCAAGCACAAGCAUUUCCCAGUAUAGCAUCUAUUCGCCUGUUCUGGUUUUCACCCCUCCCCUUUGCCCUCUCCUCCCUCCCUUUCUUGACCCUAUUACUAUGUAUAGCAAGCAUUUCCCAGUAUAUCAUCCUGUUCGCCUGUUCUUACUUCCAUGUCUGAUAUCCAUCUUGUUGUCUUGGAUAUAUAUCUACCUUCCCCGCUGCCGCUAGGUGCAAAGUCUUUUCAUGGCUGUUUUUUUUUUUUCCCUUUUUUUUUACAUGGCUCUCAGUGCAGAUAAUUUAGCCAGCAGAUAGAAAAAAAAACAGAAAAAAAGUAGCCAGCACUCGAGCUACGCUCCUUACAGCUGGAAUUGUUGCAUCGUUGGUAACUGGAUAACAGAGCUCUGCAGCCCAUCGAGG